AUGAUCACCUUAUACGACGAUGGACCAACGCUCUUCCCCGACACGUCCUUGGGAGUCUCGCCAUUCACGCGUAGAGUAAUAGGUCGUAGUACUAAAAUUCAACCCGAUAGAUUGACACUCAACUACAAGAAGCUCCCGUACAAAAUCAUUGAGAUCAACCUCGACAAGAUCGAAUCCACCGCUAAAUCUAUCGGAGCGCCGCCAACCCGCACCAACCCAAAGGACGGAACGCCAAAAUACACCAUCCCUAUCAUUCAAGACUCUGAAACUGGGCAGGUUGUAUCAGACUCUUUAAGAAUCAUCGAAUACCUCGACGGAACCUACCCUGACACUCCCAAAGUAAUGCCUCCCGGGACACGUAUCCUUCAAAACAUGUUCGCAGAAACGAUGUUUAAAAGCAUGCUUCCCAUGUCCCCCGUGAUGCGCCCCAAGUUAAACGAGAAGUUCUUCACUCCCGAGUUUAUAGCUGGACAGAGGAGAGUUUAUGGAGACGAGAUUAUGGGUUCGACCUUGUCUCCAGAGGAGGAAAGUGCCGCAUGGAAGACGGCCCGGGCGAGCUUCGAUUCGCUAGGUGAAGCCUACGGAAAGCAGACAAGCCCUUAUAUUAUGGGCGGGGACGACCCGAGUGUUGCUGAUUUCACAGUCGUGGGGUUCCUUUGGUUUAUGAAUAUGACAUAUGGAGAAGAAAGUGAGGAAUGGAAGGAGGUCUGUAGCUGGUCAGGGGGUCGGAUUGGGGUGCUGUGCUCGGAGGUGGUUUCGAGGUGUGGGAGAAAACUGCUGUAA